AUGGCGUCCUAUGAUUUUAUCGUCGUCGGCAGCGGUCCGGCCGGUAGUACCCUCGCAGCCAACCUUGCCAACGCUUCCCAGAAGCCCAAAGUCCUCCUCCUCGAAGCUGGCGGUCGUAAUGAAGAUCGCAGUUUGCGUGUCGACGGUCAGCGAUGGCUGACAUUCCAGAACAAGGAUAUGAAUUGGGGAUACAAGACCAGUGCCCAGUCUGACUGCAAUGGCAGGGAGAUCGAUUAUUCUCGCGGCUUGGGUAUGGGUGGCUCUAGCGCCAUUAACUUUGGUGUCUACAGUGUUGGUGCGCGUGACGACUAUGAGGAAUGGGCUCGCAUCGUUGGCGAUGACGCAUAUUCCUGGAAGCCUAUCCAGCGCCGCUUGAAGGCUCUUGAGACUUUCCACGGUGACCUGCCUGAGGGUAUCGACUCCAAGUAUGCUUCGCCCAAGGCAGAUGACCACGGCACGGCUGGUCCGCUGCACGUCGGAUUCGCAUCGGAGUGGGAGCGUGACUUGCCUCCAUUGCUGGACGUUUUCCAGCAGGCCGGCUUUCCUCUCAAUCCGGACCACAACUCGGGAAACCCCAUCGGCAUGGGUGUUCUAAUUAACUCGUCCCACAAGGGUGUGCGGUCGACCGCCGCUGAUCAGCUGGUUCUGUGUUCGGACAACUUGACGGUAGUGACCGAUGCGCCGGUCCAGCGCGUUGUGUUGGACGGAAAGAAGGUCAUCGGUGUGGAGGCCAAGGGUCAGAAAUACCUGGCGUCGAAGGAGGUCAUCUUGUCGGCUGGUUCGCUCAAUGACCCCAAGAUCCUGAUGCACUCCGGUAUUGGUCCCGAGGACCAACUACAGAAAUUCAACAUUCCCGUCGUCCACCCCGUGCCGGCUAUGGGUAAGGGUCUACGGGAUCACUGCUUCGUGCCCCUUGUCAAUGUCCGCAAGGAGCAGUCGAAUGACCGUCGGGCCUUCUACGGCGAUAAGAAAGUCAUGGACGAUGCUCUUGAACAGUGGAACACCAAUGGCACUGGUCCCUGGUCCAAGUUUGCAUGCGAACUGGGAAUCGGCUGGUUCAAGCUGGAUAAACUUACUUCCUCGAAGGAGUUCCAGGAGCUGCCCGAAAGUGAGCAGAAGUACUUGCUGCAGGAGACCGUUCCGCACUAUGAGAUCCUGACGCAUUUCCCCAUCCAUUGGUUCAUUCCGGACUUCCCCAACAGCGCUCUGGACUAUUCCUGCCUGCUUGUCUUCCUCUUCAAUGCCCAGACCCGCGGUGAGGUGACCCUGCAGUCUGCCGAUCCCGACGUGCCGUUGCACUUCGACCCCAAGUUCCUCGCCCACCCCUUCGACCGUCGCGCGGCCAUCGAGGCCCUGCGCGAUGCCUUCCGGAUUGCUCGUCACGAGGAUUACGUCAAAGAUAAUGUGCAAGAGCUGGCUGGCCCGAAGUCUGACUCCGAUGAAGACUUGCUCGAAUACUGGCGCCAGAACAUCUCGUCCAGCUGGCACAUGACUGGUACGCUCAAGAUGGGCAAGCAGGGUGACGCUGAUGCCGCCGUUGAUUCGGACUUCCGGCUCAUGGGUAUCGAGAACCUGCGGGUGGCUGACAUGAGUGUUGUCCCCGUGUUGGCCAACUGCCACGUCCAGGCUGUUGCUUACGUGACGGGUGCAACCUGCGCUGAGAAGUUGAUUAACGAAUACAAGCUGUAA